AGUGGAUGGUUAAACGCCUGACGGUAAAGGGCAUUACCAUCCUCCUAUAUAUAUCGCUAUUUUGCCGCGGAACUGGUAAAAUUAGAAAGUGCUAUUUUAUCGGAACGAGUAAAUAUAGCACGUUUCACGAGGCUAUUUUAAAAUGGCAGGCCAAGUACAUCUGCUAUUUUGCUAGGCCGCUUGCCGCUGGCAUGGCUGGUGUCGAACGGAGUACUCCUUAAUCAAGAAACAAACAACGCCAUUUAGCAGCCGUUAUAAUUUUGUCACUUGAGGUGAGGCCGAUAGUCAAAACUCCGCAGUGAUUGUGUGCAAUUGGAAUGUGAAUUCAAUCUUCAAUGCACCAGUAUAAAGAGGUCCAGGACAUGUUAUAGGCUGAUUUAAGUGAUGGCACUUUCUAAAGAAGAAGAAAACUAUGUGAGAUUGACAUUACUACUGGCAGGAGUUUGUCCAAGAGCAGUUCGUGUUUUAUUUGACAAAGAAUUUCCCCCUUUGCAGCUGCAUGGAAAAUUAAAUAAUUCGAAGGAAAAGGUAUUGUUAACUGCUUUGAAAGAUAGAUGGAGAAUAAUCAACCAAGCUCAGUGGUAUUGGCUCUUUCCUAGUAGUGGAAUCCCAGAAUCCAAGAAUUUUGAUGUAACAUUGAUGGUUUGUUUGAUUAGAAAUCUGGGAAUGACCCCACAACCUAUUCAGGGAUUUGACAGUCUACCACCAUCAAAUGAGAUUACUCCUGGUGCAGAUCUGGCACGUAUUAAAUUUCACAGAAACAAAUUUGCUCAUAUGAUCGAUAGCAAAAUGGAUGACAUCAAUUUCAACCAAUACUGGAUUGAAAUAUCCAGUGCUAUAGGAAGACUUGGUGGACAGUCAAUGCUGAUUGAAUGUCAUGAUUUAAAGAAAAAAAUACUUGAUCAGUCCAAUAUGGAGAUAAUGCAUGAAAUAAAACGUGCAGCGGAAGAUAUCACAGAGUUAAAGCAGUUAUUAAAAGAGUUGAAGGAUGGUCCAUUGAAUGCAAUUAUUGAAAGGACCAGUCUUGUUCAGAAUUCUAAAAUUAAUGAUCAGUAUAUAUCACUCAAACGACCAGAAGAGAAAGCAUAUGAAUUACUCCAAGAGGUAAAUAUGGUUGUCUUGAGUGGUAAAGAAGGAAGUGGCAAGACUUCUAUGGCUUUCCAUUUGAUGAGAGAAUUAGAAGAACAUCUUUCAAAAUCAGACAAACCUGCCAAAUCUGUGGAGAUUAAAGAUAUAGCAGAUCUAAAAGUAGUUUUAGAUGAAGAUGGACAGUUCAUCAUUUUCAUUGAUGAUCCUUUUGGAAAAUCAAACUUAGAUAAAAACCUUUUGCAAGAAUGGAUGAGGUACUUUGAAAUAUUGAGAACGCAAGUAGAAGGGGGAAGUUUUUUCUUAAUAUUUUCAAUACGAAGUAGUAUUUUAGAAGAAUGUAAGGAAGAAUUGUGGAAGAACACCAUAUUUAGAAAAACUAAAGUCAUUGAUUUAACUUCAGAUGAAUUGAAGCUUGACCAAAAAGAGAAGUGGCUAAUGCUGCAAAAAUUUUGUAGAUAUAAACAAAUAGAAAUGUCUUAUGAUUCUGACAAAGAUAUCAUGGUUGAGAAAGAUAGACCUGUAAUGAUCCAUGUCAAUGUCAUAGGAUCCAUAAGCCACACAGAUCCGGUUAUUGGAUUUCCCCAAUCCUGUAAUCUUUUUUUCAAUGAUCCUAAUUUAUUUGUGACAGGAUUAUCCUUUUUCAAAAAUGCAAGGGAAAAUUUAAAACGUGAGAUAAGUCAGCUGUACAGCAGAUCAGAAUACACCAAAAAAAUAUAUGCAACCAUGGUUAUAAUGCUUAUAAAUGGUGGUACAAUUGAUCUGGAUACAUUAGAAGAAGGAGAUAUUAAAGACAGAGUUUGUCAGUCUUUGGAUAUGAAAUUAAGAAGGACUGAUUUGAAGAAUGUCUUAUUAAAUGAAAACCAAUACUUUAUAAAAGUGGCUUCAAGUACAUUUGGUUUUUCUCAUGAAACAAUUUUGGAAAGUAUUCUAAUGUCAUAUGCAGAUGAACCAGAGUGGCAAGAUCUUAUCAUGAAGUUAGCCACAGACAAAAUAAUCUUGGAAUUUAUUAGAUCCUCAGAAUAUGAACCUAAACAAGGGGAAGUAUGUGUUCAAUUGAGAAGACAACUCAAUGAAGAAUUUCUCAACAAACUCCUGUCUAUUUUUUGUAAAAAAGAAAACAAAAUGCCUGGAUAUUUUGAUGGCCAUUAUGUAUUUAUUAUAACUGCAGAAAUUAUUGUUAUAGGACAAAAUACAUUUUCGGAUAAAAGACUUUCUGAACUUCUUUGGAAAAAGAUUGAGGAAGAGAAUAUACUCAAUACAGCAGAGAAACUGUAUUUCUUUUUCUCACAGGUAUGUUCUAAUGGAAACCAUUGGUUAGCUGUCAAAACAAUGGAUCAGUAUGGCAGAAAACAACACACAGAUCUUCCUGCUCUUCAACGAGCAGAUUUAAGUAAGGGAAUGUUUGGUUGUGUUAUUUGGUCAGAUAAUGAUGCCAUUCUUGAAAGUAUACUUGAUUAUGAUAUCAGUUUAAUUGAUGAACAUGACCAUCAGAAUCAUCACAUAAUUGAAAUGGCAAUUACGUGUCGACACAAGAAAUGCACGAGGUGCCUAAUUAACAAAGUAACAAAUCUUUCUACUGUUAAAGGCAUGGAGUCCGGCAAUGUCCUUCAUUGGUGCGUGGUAAAUGACUGGCCUGAUAUAAUGCAUUUAAUUUUGGAUAAAAACCCAGAAUUGUUGAACAGCCAAAAUAAUGCAGGAAGAACACCUGUAAUGCAAGCUGCUUACAGAGGAAGGAAUGAAAGUUUGGAUUUUUUUUUAGUUCAUUACACCAACUUUAUAGAUUUUGAUUUAAAGACAACAAAAGGUGAUACCAUUUUGCACAUUUUUGUUUCUAGUUUGCCAACUCAAAAAAUACUUGAAAAGAUAUUGAGGGCUGACGAAAAUUUAUUAAAUACUGUGAAUGAGGAAGGAAUGACUGCACUAAUGUUGGUAAAUAAGGAAGAAUGUUCAAAGGUGCUAAAUAAUGAAGAAUGUUUAAAGGUGUUAAUGAAGCAUAAACCUGAUGUAAGUAUUAGGGAUCAUAAAAACAACACAGCAUUACACCAUUUGCUGAACCGGAAAAAUAUUGGACCAGCUAUCCCUGAAGAGAUAAUUCAACAAGACCAGUCAUUAUUAAAUGCAAAGAAUGAUGAUGGUGUUACCCCAAUAAUGAAAGCUAAAGACGACGAGUGUUUCAAUUGCCUUUUAAGAUUUAAUGCUGACAUUUCACUUACAGACAAUAUGAAUCGAAAUAUCCUUCAUUAUUGUUCCAAAUGGUCAGAUUGCAUUUGUGUAGAAAUUAUUUGUAGAAAUAGCAAAUUAUUGUACCAGAAAGACAAGGAGAAUAAGACACCUAUUAUGAUUCUAGCAGAAGGAGAAAAUGCUGACUGUGUGAGAAUUAUGCUGAAACAUGAUGAAAAUUUGAAAUAUGUAAAUAAAGACACAGGAACAACAUUACUUCAUAUAGCUGCUAGAUGUGGAUGUUUUGCUAUUUGUCAAACUAUAUUGGAUAUUGACUCAUCAUUAUUGAAAAUGCAAGAUAGUAGUUUUAAGGAUAUGACACCUCUUCUUGAGGCAGCAUUUUAUCAACAGAAAAAUGUAUUCACCUUCCUGAUGAAACAAAAAGAAGCAGAUGUGAAAGUAACAGACAAUGAAAUGAACACUCUUCUACAUUAUUGUGCUAGAAAUUUUUGGCCAGAGGUUUGUUUAGAAUUUAUGAAAAUGGACAACAACUUAGUAAAUGCGAAAAAUAAUAAAGGCGAAACCCCACUUCUGAAUGCAAUGAUUUCCAUGAUUGAAAGAAACAUCGAUGCAAUUUGCUGGCUACAUGUACAUCGUUCAUUCAAAACUUCAACCAUCACAAAAUCAGAACCAAGAAAGUUGGUGCAUUAUGCAUCACUGUUCAAUGAAGUCAUUAGAUUGUUCAUUUCAAAUGGAGCACUCUUGUCGAAGAAAGCAAAUAAUGGGAAUAAUAUUCUUCAUUUCGUAGCUGAGCAAUGUCAUUUUGAACAGAAUCCAAGUAUUAUAAGGGAUAUUUUGAAAACACUACCACAGCUCCUGAAUGAACAAAAUUUUUGCCAAAGAACUCCUAUUAUAAUUGCUGCUAUGACAGGCCAUGUUAAUAUUGUUGUCACGUUAUUGAGAGAAGGAGCAGAAGUUAUAUACAAAGACAGCUGUGGAUUAUCUGUUCUGGAUUACUGUUUAAGUCUGGAUUCACGCCGUUUUGAUGAAGAAUUACUGACAGUCAUUUUUAAAGAAGAUCGAACAUUAAUGACUAUGUUUUUUUCCAAAGUUUACACAAUGUGGGCUUCAAACAUGUUGAAAUAAAAUUGAUGUAAAAUUUCUUAUUUACAAUACUGGUUUUAUAUGAUUCAGAUAACAUUUGUUUAUGAUUUUCUAAAGAAUUGUGUGUAUUAUUAGGACAGGUUUCCUCAUUAUUCUUGAGAAAAAUCAAUUUUUACAAUAAUCUUUGAAAAAAAUUCAUAAAAAAUCUUUAAUAUUUUGUGUUUACUUAAUCACCAUUA